AUGACCCCUACCCUCACGGCCCUGCUCUGCCUCGGGCUGUGUGUGGGCCUCAGGACCUCAGUGCAGGCAGGGACCCUCCCCAAACCCACCAUCAGAGCUGAGCCAGGCCCUGUGAUCCAUUCUGGGAACCCCGUGACCAUAUGGUGUCAGGGGACCCCAGGGGCUGAGGAGUUUCGUCUGGUUAGAGAGGGAAGCCCAGCACCAUCGAAAUGGCGGGAUCUACUGGAGCCUGAGGACAAGGCCAAGUUCUCCAUCAGACACAUGACGGAGCACGAUGCAGGGAGAUAUCGCUGUUACUAUAACAGCCCUGCUGGCUGGUCAGAGCGCAGUGACCCCCUGGAGCUGGUGGUGACAGGAUACUACAGCGAACCCCGCCUCUCAGCCCUGCCCAGCCCUGUCGUGCCCUCAGGAGGGAACGUGACCCUCCACUGUAGCUCAUGGCAGGGAUUUGGCAGGUUCAUUCUGACUAAGGAAGGAGCUCACAGGCUCUCCUGGGCCCUGGACUCACAAUACGCCAAUGAGAAGACUCAGGCCCUGUUCCCUGUGGGCCCCUUGACCCCCAGCCACAGGGGGACUUUCAGAUGCUAUGGCUGCGACAGGCACAGACCCCACGUGUGGUCAUAUCCUAGUGAGCCCCUAGAGCUGCUGGUCUCAGGUGAGUCUGGGAAGCCCUCCCUCCUGAGCCAGCAGGGCCCCAUCGUGGCCUCUGGACAGAGCCUGACCCUCCAGUGUCGCUCUGAUGUCGGCUAUGACAGAUUCGCUCUGCACAAGGAGCGGGGACGGGACCUCCCCCAGAGCCUUGCCCUGCAGCCCCAGGCUGGGCUCUCUCAGGCCCACUUUCCCCUGGGCACUGUGAGAAGCUCCCAGGGAGGGCAGUACCGAUGCUACGGUGGAUACAACCUCUCCUCUGAGUGGUCAGCCCCCAGCGACCCCCUGGACAUCCUGGUGUCAGGAUGGCUGUCUGACACACCCUCCCUCUCGGUGCAGCCAGGCCCCAGCGUGGCCUCAGGAGAGAACGUGACCCUGCUGUGUCAGUCACAGAGCCACACGGACACUUUCCUUCUGUCUAAGGAGGGGGCAGCCGAUCCCCCACUGAGUCUGAAAGCAGAGCACCUAGCUUGGCAGUACCAGGCAGAGUUCUCCAUGAGUCCUGUGACCUCAGCCCAUAGGGGAACCUACAGGUGCUACAGCUCACUCAGCUCCUCCCCCUUCCUGCUCUCACACCCCAGUGAGCCCCUGGAGCUUCUGGUCUCAGGAACCUCUGGGACCCUAGCACCCCACCCACAGGGCCCAUGUCCACAGCUGAUAAGCCCCUGGGAGGCUCUGAGGAUCGGUCCCCUUUGCCCCAUUGAGUUGGGCCCACAGAGGCUUAAACGAAGUCCCAAAUGGAACAUGAACAUCCUGAUCGGGGUCUCGGUGGCCCUGGUCCUGCUGCUCUCCCUCCUCCUAUUCUUCCUCCUCCGACACCGAUGUCAGAGUAAAGGCAGGAUGUCGGCCCAGAGAGGGGCUCAUGUCCAACCUCCUGCAGGGACCACACACCCAGAGCCCAAGGACAGAGGCCAGCAGAUCAGCUCCAGCCCAGCUGUGGACACCCAGGAAGAGCACCUCUAUGCUGCCAUGAAGGACCCACCUGGGAAGAGCAUGGAGCUGUACCCUCGGACCAGGCAGGAUGAUGGCCCCCAUGUAAGCCACUCAAGACCAGGAACCCGGCAGGAAAUGGCCACCUCUCCUUCCUCCCUGACACAGGAACUGCUGGACACAAAGGGCAGACAAACAGAAGAGGACAGACAGGUAGACAUUCCCGCUGCUGUAUCUGACAUCCCCCAAGAUGUGACCUAUGCCCAUCUGAACCCCUCGACCCUCAGAAGGAAGACAUGCACACUCUCUUCCUCCCCAUCAGAGGAGCCCCCAGAUGAGCCCAGUGUGUAUGCUGCUCUCGCCAUCCACUAG